UGCUUUGCAGGGCAUUUUUUGAAAAGUGGGUCAAAUGUCUUGAACAGCUGGGAGUAACUGGUCCAUCUGACUGGACCACAGAAACACAAAUACAAUGAGAGAAAACCUACUUCAGGUAUUUUGCUUACUUGGAGUUGCCUUGGGGUUUGGCAUUGGGUUUCUGCUGAGGGCUACAACUCUUGUAACUGAAGAAUUGAAAGAGUGGAUCAAAGUACCAGGGGAAAUGCUUAUCAACAUGCUUAAGAUGUUUGCUGUAUCCCUCAUUGUGACAAGCGUGGUUGCAGGAGUAACUGGAUUAAACACCAGAGUGUCCAGGAAAACAGCUAUCAUCACAGGGACCUUCGUCUGUGGCUCUACCUCAAUAGCCGUAAUUCUCGGAAUGUUUCUGGCUCUCACAAUCAAGCCUGGUGUGUUAGAACAUGACUUACGCAAUGACGAAGGGGGUGUGUCAACCUUUGUCUUGCAUGUGAUCUUGCAGGAUCUUAUAAG